GGAUGAGUUUCUCAAGAUUCUCGGAAGUUCCCACUCUACUCGCCGUAUACUCACAAUCCAAGAAACUUCGGCCUGAUCAUUAUUAUUUCUGUUUUUAUGUCACAGAUUUAAGUGGAAUAUGUUGUUUGUAGCGUUAACGAAGGUGCAAAUUCGAAAUAUUAUUCGUCUGCUAUUGGUUCGCGCAUGAAAGGAAGUUGCACUUUUGCGCAAUCUCAGUAGACAAAUUGGGCAAAAAGAGUACCACUGACGAUAUUCGACGUGAGGUGAAGCCUAAGAACACGAAAUUAGAAGAAGAUUUACAGAGAAAGAGAAAGGGAGGACUUGGGGACCUGUAUUCGGGGGACUUGAACCCGGGCCUCCUCCGACUCGGACAGGGGCGCUCUUCGUUGCGCCAUCAAGGCCCUGUUGCUGGAAUUAAUACCGAUUACUUGCUAAAACAAUGGCUGCUGCUUUCAAUCAAUAUGACAAGUACAGUUGGUAUUUUGGUGCAAUGUCACGACAAGAUGCCUCGGAUUUACUCAUGGGUGAAAAAGUAGGCGGCGUAUUCUUAGUACGUGACAGCACAUCGAUACAUGGAGAUUUUGUUCUAUGUGUACGAGAAGACAACAAGGUUAGCCAUUAUAUUAUAAAUAAAAUUCAGCAGGGUGAUCAAAUACGUUAUCGGAUCGGAGAUCAAACGUUUCCUGAUAUUCCCAACCUUUUGGCUUUUUACAAAUUACAUUAUUUGGAUACAACACCACUGAUCAGGCCUGCAUCUAAAAAGACACAGAGGGUAAUAGCAAAAUAUGAUUUUGAAGGCAAUGAUCCUGAUGAUUUACCUUUUAGGAAAGGAGAAAUUCUUACAAUUAUAUCAAAAGAUGAAGAACAAUGGUGGACUGCUAGAAAUAGCCUUGGUCAAACUGGUUCAGUUCCAGUACCAUAUGUUCAGAAGUAUGAAGAAGACAAUCACUCUGUGAUUGAGAAUAAUUCAUGCCCAGAAAGUGGCGGAAGUUCAACUACAAAUUCUAAUUCGGUUUCUGCUUGUCAAAUGUCUUAUCCAGAAAGUGGACAAGGGACCACCCGCAGAUCAAAUAUUCAAAGAACAUUGCCUGCUUUUGCAAAAGUGAAACAAGCAAGGGUACCAAACGCAUAUGAUAAAACUGCUUUAAAAUUAGAAGUUGGAGAUGUGAUAAAAGUAACAAAGACUAAUAUAAAUGGUCAGUGGGAAGGUGAAUUGCAUGGCAAGGUUGGCCAUUUUCCAUUCACACAUGUUGAGUUUGUAGAUAAUGAGACUGGAGAAGACAAUCAGGAAAUUUAAUGGAAGUCUUCCAGGUGUGAUGAAUAAAAGAAGUUAACUUGGAAAGUUCUAUGUUGGCAGUUUAAGUUUACAUUAGCAGCUAUUCUGUGUACUGGUACAUGAAAUCAGUCUGAUUUAAAAUUCUGUAUACAAUUUGUAACUUCAAACAUAACGUCAAUUUUGUGACGUUUUUAUUAAUUGUUAAUUAUAUAAUACUUUAAAUACACAAAAUUUAUAUAAAUAUUUUUGUAAAUCGUUUAACUUUUCUAGUCAUAAAGUAAUAAAUAAUCAUGUACGAUUACUGAUUAAUAUCGAUUCAAAAGUUAUAAAAACAUUCUCUUCAUUUAAGUUUUGUACUAGUACAUACAUAUUAUGCUGCUUAGCCAUAGGUUGUGCCACAGAUGGAGCAACAUUUUCUACUAGAAUAUUCUAUUUAAUGAUGGAGCUGUUAACCAUAUUACAAUUGUAAUUAUAUAUAAAUUACGCUAAUUAUAUAUUACUAUGUAAUUAUAUAAGUUCUAAUUGAUUAGUAACUCUUUUAAGAGAGCAGAAACUGUGAAUUUACGUUUAUACAUGAAUGGUAUUAUAUUGUCAUGAUUGUAAGUUAUGCAAAUUACUUGUUAAUAUGUAAUUAUACAAAUUGCAAGAACAUUUAGUUUUGUAAAAAUAGUAGCAACUUUAAAGUUCUGCUUUACUCUAUAUAUACAUAUACAUAUUAGUUUUAUCGUAACAACAGUCAUAUAUGAGUUAUUGUAAAUUAUAUAUUAAUAUAUAUAAGUGAAAUAUGUCCUGAAUUUUUGUAAGACUAAUAAUUUCCUGAACUUAUUCGAAAAAAUUUUGUUCAACUUUAGAAAUUAGUAUAGAAAUAUAAUUAUGUAUGUAUAAAUACAUUUUAAUAUAUAUUUACAUAUUAUAUUAUAUUUGUAAAAAUUGUAAUUUUAUCGCAAACUUCAAUCGUUUUCCGAUAUUUUUAUAUGAGAAAAAACUGGCAACUUUAGAGUUCUGCUCACAGUGAUGCGUAUUAAUCGUGUAAUUAAUAAAUUAAUUAAAUAAAUAUAAUUAAAUAUAA